UCGUUCAGUAGAAGCCUGGAAACCAGCACGCCGAGUUUUGUUUUUUACGAGUUUAUAAACUUUCUCAGUUGGGAAAAAAGGAACGAGUUGCAUCUUUUGUGACCAAAACUGCAGAAACUAAGGAGAGGAUCAUCUGACAAAGAAUACCAGGCGUAUAUAACAGAAAUACAGAGUGAUGAGUCGCAGUAUUGUGCGCCAGAGUAAGUUCCGGCAUGUCUUUGGUCAAGCUGCGAAGGCGGAGCAGAGUUACGAUGAUAUUCGGGUUUCCAAGGUGACGUGGGACAGCUCGUUCUGUGCAGUCAACCCCAAGUUCCUGGCAGUUAUAGUGGAGUCAAGUGGAGGAGGAGCCUUUUUGGUUUUGCCCCUUUCAAAGGUGGGACGUGUGGAUAAGAACUAUCCCCUGGUGGUGGGACACUCCGGGCCUAUCCUGGACAUUGACUGGUGUCCCCACAAUGACAACAUUUUGGCAAGCGGCUCUGAAGACACCACUGCCAUGAUAUGGCAGAUCCCAGACCACACUCCAACCCGGCCCAUCAGUGAGCCCAUUGUGGUACUGGAGGGCCACUCCAAACGCGUGGGCAUUGUCAGCUGGCACCCCACUGCCCGCAACAUCCUUCUCACUGCAGGCAGUGAUAAUCUGAUCAUAAUCUGGAAUGUGGGCACCGGAGAGCCAAUAAUCUCAAUGGAAGAUCACCCGGACCUCAUCUACAACGUCAGCUGGAACCACAAUGGAAGCCUGUUUUGCACAACUUGCAAAGACCGCCGUCUUCGUGUUUGUGACCCCCGCAAGAGAGAGGUGGUCGCUGAGAGACUAGCACCACAUGAAGGCAUCAGGCCCAUGAGAGCUAUCUUCACCAGAGAGGGAAACAUCUUCACUACAGGCUUUACCAGGAUGAGUCAGAGGGAGCUUGGCCUUUGGGACCCGACGAAUUUCGAGGAACCCAUUGCUCUUUUGGAGUUGGACACAAGUAAUGGGGUCUUAUUGCCAUUUUAUGAUCCAGAUACCAGCCUGGUAUAUCUGUGUGGUAAGGGGGACAGCAGCAUUCGCUAUUUUGAGAUCACAGAGGAGCCACCCUAUGUGCACUACCUCAGCACAUACAGUAGCAAAGAGCCACAGCGAGGCAUGGGCUUCAUGCCCAAGAGAGGAGUUGAUGUUAGCAAGUGUGAGAUUGCCAGAUUAUACAAGCUUCAUGAGAGGAAAUGUGAGCCUAUAAUGAUGACAGUCCCUAGAAAGUCAGAUCUGUUCCAAGAUGACCUCUAUCCGGACACAGCAGGCCCAGACCCUGCACUGGAGCCUGAAGAGUGGCUGGAGGGGCGAGAUGAAGACCCCAUCUUAGUCUCCUUGAAGGAUGGCUACGUUCCCCCAAAGAGCAGAGAGCUAAAAGUGGCCAAGAAGAAUCUUCUGGACCCCAGGCCUGCACCCCGCAGGAGCAUGUCGUCUGUCGAUGGAAGCAGCUUGCCACCUCAGUUGUUGGAAAAGCUUAUAGAGGAGAUUCAGAGUCUGAAGGCUGCAGUUCUCUCUCAAGAAAAGCGAAUCAGUGACUUAGAGAAUAAGCUCUCAAAGUACACCAACGGCACUGUCUGAAUGAUUCAGUAAAGCACAAUCACUCCUCUACACACUGCCCAACCUCCCUGACCCCUUCAUAUAUGCACGUACAUAUUCCACAUUAACACAGCAUUCACCCAAGUGCAUUCAUGACUAAACAACUUUUAACUGUUAACGAGGCUAUGAGCAAUAGUUACAUUUUAAAACUCUUACUAAUGGCUUACAUCUUUCCCGAGUAUAGAAUAUAAAGGGAUGAUUAUUGCACAUAUGCUAUACAGGUGGAAACUUCAAGCCAUCUUGAAUCCAAAUGAUAUACACUCAUCAGCCACCUUAGACCCUGUUUAAACUAGUGCGUUUUCGUUUUAAAACAGCGUUUUAAUGUGAACUCUUAAUGUGAACUGCUCAAAUGGCUUAUGGGUCAAGAAACCUCGUCACCACGCAUCUGACUCGUUUCCCCUCGGGAUCAUUGUCCGCUAUCCACUCUCUUUUGGUCUAACCCGAAACCGGCGUUCCAUGUAGGGCUUAUGCCAAUUGCUCUAAUCAUAGUUUGCCUCUUGCGCAUGUAGGCAGCUGCGGUAUUUUAAAAUACACAAUUUAACUGCACAGUGGCUGCUAAGAA